UUGAUCUUUAUGAAAAAUAUAUUCUGUUUCUAAUGACGUCAUCAAAAUCAACGUUCAAUAGUGAAUACUUUGAAAGUUCUAAUCUGUCCCCAGCUAUAGAAGAAUUCAAAGAAGAAGUCAAAGUUCAAUAUAGGACAAAUUUCACGAUAGAAGUUAAAGAUGAAUUUAAUUGCAACGAAAACAAUUCAACAACGGACAUAUUUUUCCUAACAGCAUUGCAGAAUUCGUUGAAGCAAAUAAAAUUAUCAUUCUCGAGCGUAACAGACGUUUACAGCACGAACGGAAACAACAGAAGCCUAGAUAAAGUGGCAGAGUAUAGUGAGAAUUUGAAAAUUUAUGAUCAACGACUUUUUAAAAAUAUUUUCAAAGAUUUUGGAAACCAGAGUCUCAGUGUGGCUUUUGUUGCAGCUAACCCUUACAUAAAAAAAUCUAUAGAUGCUGAGUCGGGGAAAGUGGUGUAUUCUGGAUUUUGCUAUGACAUUUUAGAGGAUCUUGCAAAAGCUCUUAACUUUCGUUACCAUAUUAAGGAUUCAGUUGACGGCUUAUAUGGAAAUCCAACAGACGAUUUCUCUAAUGCAACAGGAAUGGUUGGAAUGGUUAUGCGAGGGGAGGCUGACAUAGCUAUAGGACCUUUCACUAUAACAGCAGCUCGGCUCAAAGUUGUUGAUUUCUUGACGCCAUUCCAGGAGGAAGGAAUAGGUUUUAUGAUGAGGAAAAUUGACAGUCCUCCUCUGGAACAAAUGUUUCAUGUUUUCCGUCCUUUUAGUCUUGUAUGCUGGGUUGCCGUGGUAGUUUCCAUUGUGCUGACAGGCAUAAUUCUUUCAAUCAUUGCCAAGCUGAGUCCAUAUGCUGAACACAAAGAGAGGAUGGUCCUCGACCCAGAUUCCUUCAGGGAUAUAUAA